AUGGCCGUUGCGCAGAGGUGCCUCUACAGUAUGUCCAACGGGGCCAGGACGCACCGGACGCUGGCAGCAGUUCUUGUACUGUGGACUUCUCUCUGGGGGAUCGUUUCAUCUUAUCCGAUUCCGAGCAGGACUAAUGCGACUUUAUUGGAGAAGAAGUGGGAGACGCUCUUCUCCCGCUCCUAUCUGGGUAUAAACGGGGGCAAAGCGGAGCUGAACUGGGAGAGUGACUAUUUGCAGGGUAUCAAAAGAGUGCGGCGACUGUACUGCAACGUGGGCAUUGGGUUUCACCUGCAGGUGCUCCCGGAUGGCAGGAUAAGCGGUGCACACAAUGAGAACCAAUACAGUCUGAUAGAGAUCUCCACCGUGGACCGAGGAGUGAUCAGCAUGUUCGGGGUGAGGAGUGAGCUGUUUGUCGCAAUGAACAGCAGGGGAAGGUUAUACGGGACGAGAUUCUUCGUGGACGAGUGCAAGUUCAAGGAGACUUUGCUGCCCAACAACUACAACGCCUAUGAGUCUUUUGUUUACAAGGGCUUCUACAUCGCCCUCAGCAAGCAUGGCCGCGUAAAGAGAGGCAACAAGGCCACCACCGCCAUGACCGUCACACACUUCCUCCCGCGACUAUGAGAGAAACUGGCAAUAACUCAAUAAUUUGCACAUGUGGAUGUUCUUCCAGGUAAUAUAGAAAUGCAUAGUCGUGAUAUACAUACACACACACACACCGAUGGACUGCUAGAGAAAACACAAAUAUUUAUUCUGUUUAUAUAUAUCUGUAUAUUUGGAUAGCUAUCUUUGUAUAUGUACUGUGCUGCUUAUUGUUUUUAUGGACGGGGAGAGUCAAAGCCUUUGCCUGUCUCACUUUACCUUGGUGCUUGCUGUAACUGAACUACGUGUCACUUCCUUUUUUGAGAUGGAGGAUGAGCUAUAUCCUGUGCUUUUAAAGAGUGAAAUGAAUACUUUUUAUUACCUCAAAGAACCACUUUACUAGAUUAAGGGAUGCAUGGACUUCUGCUCAAAUAUCUGCUAAGUUUAUGAUUUUUUUUUUUGGAAAACCUUUUUGAGCGCUUGAUGGCUCCCUGCUCGAUUAUCGAUGUCCGGCAGUGGGGAAAACUUAAAUGCACUACCUUUGCUGCACGAUUUAAAGGUGCCUUGGUGUUCCCACUUGUGGCCCCCUUAAACUUGCAUGUAAGAGACACCCGCCGGAGUCAGAAAUAGGGCUGACACUCCGGAGAGGGCCUCAGAAAGGGGAGGGGGGGUUGACUAUCUCUGGUUUAUUUUCUUUUCUGUAAUUAGAUCGAUUAAGUAAUAUACAAUCUGUGGUUGAGACCGGAGAGUGGUCGGCCAUAGAGAGUGGCACGAGGCCAUAAGUUUGACUGUGCCAGCUAAUAAACAGGGUGGAAUAUUUAACUAUCCAAGCAUGGGGGGAAUUUUGGUUUGGACCUGGCUUGCACAAGAAUCGGCUGAAUGGAUAGAUAGCGAGUGCACAGUAGAAACCUACACAUUGUCUCGGACAGAGCUCCUACAGUAAUGCAGGUUGCUGUGUAUGCAAAGCUUUAGCUGCUGUUGAAAUGAUGUCCAUUAAAACCAAUGAAAACAAUGUAAAUACUUGCAAAUGUAAAAGAAUUCAGGAGCUUUUUACGCUGCUUUGUCGCAGAAAAAGAGUUCGGUUUGCACAGUUGGCCAUCGAUGAUGGUGCCUGAAUGCUUUGGUACAAAUCGUUCCCACGCGUUUUGUUUCUUUUGAUUUAUCAUUGUGUGUUCGGUGGAGUAUGUGCGCACCCUGGGCCAUUUCCUCUCAGUUUGUCUGUGUGCUCUGCAGCAGCACUGCAGUGGCAGCGAGGUGUUGGGAGCUGGAGGCAGAUAGUUUUAAAUGCAAUUACGGAGGAGUCAAUCAUGUGUUCCCUGGAGGACUAAAGGACAGUGCAGCUGGUGGACUGCAUGCACGGUGUGAGAAAUGUUUGAGUUUUAGCUUGAUUUUUUUUAAAUUUGAGGGGUUAACAGAACAUAGAAGCACUUUUGAAAUUGUACGAGUAUUGGUAUGCAUAAUCGCAGUUUACAUGUACCGCACUUUGCAUACUCACUGCUGUCAUAUUGAUUUAUUUAUUAAUGUGGAACGAUGAAAAAAUUCAUUCUCCUGUGCAAAAUAAUUGUGAUAUCCUGAUAAUUAUCAAAAUAUGCUUAAAACUC